AUGAACCUAGGACAUUCUGGUGUAGUGCCAACACCAGAGUUAUCCUCUGAAGAUGUUUUAGAAAGUUCAGAAGAUGAAUCUGAUUCUGAAGAUCCUGAAGAUUCUGAAGAUGAGUCAGAAGAAGAUUUUGGAAAUGGAUCUGAUUCUGAUCCAGAUGCUGAUGAUGAUCCAGAAUCUGGUGGUGAUCAUAGUUCUGGAAGGGAAAACUCUGAAGGUGAUAAAGUAUUUUUCUACCUCGAUUUCGGAGAAAAUGGUUUGAAGAACUCUGAUGUUAAUCAUGGCCGCAACUCCAACACUCUUUGGAAUAUUCCCUUAUGCUGGUUUGAAAUUCUACUUCUAUGA